GUAAUGGAGUGAUGCCUCACACGAAGCAGCCCAGCUCACUGGUGUGUCUGACACAGACCGCAUUGGCACAUCAGCUGGUGUCUUUGUGUCGCACACUACAGAAUAUUGCGCAGGACACCACACCAGCACAGACCAGACUACAACCUCUGUUUGUUGUAGGUGGCUCGUAAUGGAGUGAUGCCUCACACGAAGCAGCCCAGCUCACUGGUGUGUCUGACACAGACCGCAUUGGCACAUCAGCUGGUGUCUUUGUGUCGCACAUUACAGAAUAUUGCGCAGGACACCACACCAGCACAUGCGCUCAGUUUAGCACAGACUAGACUCCGGCCACUAUGGAUAUCAUCUUUGCCUGGAUGUGUGCGCACGGCUCUACUGGAGGAAGGUGCCACCAUACUGGCCACUCCGGUGCCAGACACAGGUGCCAUGGGUGCCGGGCCGGUGCCGAUGUACCUACUGUCCCUCCUACUGGCACCUGACAUACACAGACUGAAAGUGGAGCUCUGCUGCUACUAUGGCUGCAGUCAUCAAGCCGCUCUUCUGAGACUAUUAGCAGCUCAAGGCAGCGGACUGGAGUCACUACAGCUGGCUAGAUCUGCUUUACUCAGGCUUGACCACAACCUACUACAGACUGCGCUACUAUCGGCCACCUCCCUCAAGGUGUUGGUCCUACAGAACAUCGCCAGCGACUCGAUCCUAAGCGUGGUCGGCAACUCCUGCAAGAACCUGACAGUAUUGGAUGUCGCUCACUCACGACAGGUGACGGACGCGGGCAUCAGACAGCUGUUCCUACAAGUAGAGAUACGAGACAAGACUGUACAGCCUAAGAAUGUACCUACAAUUACCAGCAGACUGAGGCUACGAGGCUGGGCUAGGCUGCGCAAAAUGUUGUGGCCCCUGACCAGGCUAGGCCAAUCAGAAACCAAGAUGUCGGAUGUGUCGUUCCUACUGCAGUACUGCGAGAGUUGCCACUCCUUGUGUGACACUAUGAAGGUUCUCAACAUUGCCAACACGGGCGUGACCAGUGCUGGCGUGCUACUAGCCUUGCGCUCCGCCCCAGGCAUACAGAGUCUGGGCGAGUACUGCCACAUGGGCCGCGCACUCGAGGUCUACCAGAAGGUGUGUGGUGCCACAGCCGUACCUAGGUUCCACCUGCGCUCGGCCAGGAGUUCCCGCACCAACCUCCAACGUCUGGAGCUGCUAGCCUCCGCGUGUCCCGAGCUACAAAAGCUGUCGCUCUCGGAACCUCAUCACUCCCCCGAGAGUCUCUCCGUUCUACCAACCACCAUCACCUCCCUCAGCCUUCACAGCCUACCCAACUCCCCCCUCUGGAUCAGCAAACUGUUGAAAUUCUUCGAGGGACCUCACGGAAGAGUCCUAGAGGAACUCGUCAUCCGAUUCUUCCUCCCCGAGUUCUUGACUCAGCUAGACCUCGGAAGUGUUCUAAAAAGCUGUCCAAACCUGAGGAACCUCAUAGUAGACGGAUCCAACGUCGAUUGGCUAACGGAAAGCGAUAUCGAACUUACUAAAUUGGAGAACGUCCAAUUGGGCAAAAGUGUGACGGCCGAAGCGGUAAUUAAUUUAAUGAAAUCUGCGCCUAAUUUACAGCGAGUGCACUUAUACAGCUGUUUGGAUCUUUUAGACCGACAUUUGCUGAACAUUCGGCAUCCGCACUUAAAGUGUUUUUACAUGUACGAAGCGUCAUGUAUAUCGGCUGAGACUGUUAACACUCUGUUAAGCAACUGCAGUAAUAUUGAGAGCACCGGCAACCUAAGCAACUGGGGUUUGACAUGCGACUCGCUACGCAACAUUGUCAACUUGAUACAAGACAACAAUCUGGAGCUACAACUCAACGGAGGUUCUCAUUGGUUCUGUUCACAAUGCUUCCCCACCAUCAACUAACACUUUCUUGUUACCAUGAUGUGUAUUGCUUUAGUCAGUCGAUAUAAGAAAUGUUUAUGUAAUUGAUUGCUUGUUUCUCGAUUUUGCUAGUCCCUGUAUAAAGUUUUGUCCUAACUAUAAAAUACUCUUUUUAUACAAA